AUGAUUGAAGAUCUCAGUUCUUUGCUUCGAGCGGUUACUGUAGAUUCCAAACUAGAUGGCGAUGAAUAUUAUGAUAGUGUUAAGAGACAAAGACUUGAAGGUGAAAGGUUAACCAACUAUAAAUCAGAUGGAUUCAUAUUAGCAGAGCGUCCUUGGAAGAAUGACCCGAAUUACUUUAAAAGUGUAUAUAUUUCAACACUAGCAUUAAUGAAAAUGACAAUUCAUGCAAAUUCAGGUGGAUCUAUAGAGAUCAUGGGAAUGAUGACUGGUAAGAUUAUGAAAAAUGCAAUAAUCGUAAUGGAUGCAUAUCCGUUACCGGUUGAAGGAACAGAAACAAGAGUUAAUGCUCAACUGGAGGGUUACGAGUUUAUGGUACAAUACCUUGAGCGUUCGAAGCAAAGUGGACAUGAAGAUAAUAUCGUAGGCUGGUAUCAUUCGCAUCCAGGAUAUGGAUGCUGGUUAUCAGGAAUUGAUGUGGCAACUCAGAGUCUAAAUCAAAACUUUCAAGACCCAUACCUUGCAGUAGUCAUUGAUCCUGUAAUGACGUCGCAAAGGGGUAAGGUGGAGAUAGGAGCAUUCAGAACAUACCCAGACAACUACAAGCCCAAGAACGACGCAAAUAGCGUGAACCGUAGUCAAAGUAUCUCCGCCAAUGUACCUAAAUCAAAGAAGCAAGACUUUGGUCCCCAUUCAGAAAAAUAUUAUUCAUUAGCUAUAGAGAUUUUUAAAUCGGAGACUGACGAGCAUGUACUAGAUUUAAUAAUGAAGAAGGAUUGGAUCAGCACAUUGAUUGAACCAAAUGAAAUUCGAAAACAAAGAGACGUUAACUUAAAGCAAAGCCUUCAGAAUAUUAUAGAAGGUUUAUCAGCAAAUGAACAAGAAGACCAGAUUGCAAUGAGAGUAGUUCGAGCGAAUUUCAUCAAGAAAUUUAACAAGCUCUUCGAAGAAGAAGUUCAGCUCAAACUAUUGCAAUCGAAGCCUGGAGAAAGCUUGCAGGCAAGUGAAAUAAGCUCCUCAGCUGAUGAAGAUCUAGAUGAAGAUGACGAAGACGAUGCUACUAGGUCUGGCUCGGAAGAGUCUACUAAAGACAGGCUGGAUAUGUCAGAUGACGAAGUAUCAAUGGAUAGUACGAGUGUGAACAAAGGCGAAGAAACUCUGGACCGCAAGAAAGAAUUCUCAUUCGAUGUGAAUCCUGAUGAUCAAAAAAGAACUUCAUAUUCAUCUUCUGAGAUGACUAAUCAAUCCAAAAAUGAAGCCUUUGCAUCAAGAAAAACCUCCAGGGAAUCCGCGUACCGUGCUCGUUUCGAGAGCAGGCAGAGAGCAGGUCUAAAAAAACACUCCAACGUUAGGGCUGCAGAUGUGCUUAAGAAGGCAUCAACCUUAAGUUUGAUGUCUGCCGAAGAUGAUAUCCAUAGCCUAAUUGCGCUAGACCUUCAAGAAAAAAUUUUUUUAUAG